AUGGCCCAGGGAAACAGCAUAUCAGCCUCUGUUUUGAGGUCAGUCUUGGUGCUCUCCUUUCUCCUCAUUAUCUCCAUGGCUGAAAGUCGCAUUCAUGGCACUGCUGGUUUCUCCGCCAAAAGUACCCCAGAAUGUGAUGAAGUGGUUGGAGCAGCUAGUGGAGACACUUGUUUUGCCAUUGCACAGUCCUUUAAUUUGACAGCUGCAUCCUUUGAUGCUAUCAACCCCAAUCUCAACUGCAAUGCUCUCUUUGUAGGACAGUGGCUCUGCGUUGCGGGGUCGGGGAAAUCCGAGGAUGAAAGGUCUACUGCUGUCGAGGAUUAUGUCAAGAGCAUUAUUUCCCAGUACCCUUAUUGGAACAGAAGUUUAGGUGCCGAUCACUUCUUCAUAAGUUGUGCAGACAUUGAUAUGACUGCUACUGCACGAAUUGCUCAUCUUAUGAACAAUUCAAUUAGACUCGUGUGUUCUCCAACUUAUAAUCACGAAUAUGUUCCUCAUAAGGAUGUAUCCCUCCCACAAAAUGUGCAGCCAUUUGAUGUUUCUUCUGCUGGAAAUAAGACUUCGAAAACAAAGAGGCUGGUCCACGCUUGGGGGGGUUAUGGUACAGAAACGGACAUCAAAGGAGGACUAAAAGCCAGUACUGAAAAAGGACUUAUCUUGUCUGAACACUAUGAUUUACCAUUCAAAGACGUUCUUGACUGGCAUCAGUUCGCUGUAAUACCCGAGGAGAAUGUUAUCUUUGAUCCAUGGGGCACCCUUAAAGACAUAAAGCAGCAAGAAUAUGAAGCACUGUAUACCAACACAAUCAAGGUACGCCCACAGGUUUUUCCCUCACAAUCCCUCUACUUCAAAUGUCCUCUUCAUACUGUGUUAAAACUUGAUAGGAUGGAAUUCCGUACUCCUGAAUCAGGUCCAGAAGCACUUCCAGUGAAAUCUACCUCCAAGUACUCUCUGCCUUUUACAGAGGCAAAGACUGCCGUGCGGCCCCAUACUGAAAGGGGCUUUCAGGCUCGAGUAGUGAUAGUUUUCAGUGCCCAAUUUAAGCCCAUACCUGUCAUAGAUCGACCUGAAUCUUGCAUCUAUGACAGGUAUAUAAAUAAGGUGCUGGCGCGGUCAUUGAAAGAAAAUGCUACAGAUCCAGAAAUCUUUUCUGAACUCUUCCAUACUCCUGACGCUUUCAAAAAGGAUUAUAAGGAAAUGGAGAAGAACUUCAAGAUCUUUGUGUAUCCCCAUAACACAGACAAGCGUUCUACUGCCUGUAAUAGGCCAACGGUGCUUGGCUGCUUUAGGGGUGAAGGAUACUUCUAUCACAAUCUCAAUCACAGUCAGUUCUUGACCAAAGAUCCUGAAAAGGCUCACCUUUUCUUCAUUCCUAUUUAUUGUCAUUCGAUGUCUCCUGAGGAAAAAUCCAAGAAAGAAAGGGCUAUUGCUGUUCAGGAUUUUGUCAAUUUCCUUAUUUCCAAGUACCCUUACUGGAACCGAACUUUAGGUGCCGAUCACUUCUUUGUAAGCUGCUCAGAAGUUGAUGUGGCUGCUACUGCACGAAUUGCUGACCGUUUAAAGAACUCAAUUGGACUCAUGUGUUCUCCUAGUUAUAAUAGUAAAUAUGUUCCUCAUAAGGAUGUUUCCCUCCCACAAAGUGUGCAGCCAUAUGCUUAUACUGAAGCCAGAAAUAUAGAAAAGAACAGGACUAUGCUGGGUUUCUGGAGUGGUGUUGAGGAUUCUUAUAUAAGAGAGCAGCUGUACCUCACCUGGGAGUAUGACUCAGAACUUUACAUCGAAGCCAGAGAUUGGCCUACUAGUAUUGAACAAGGACAUUGGCAAGCCCGUGAGGAUUUCUACAAUUCUAAGUUUUGCAUCUGUCCUGGAGGCCCUCAGCUUGAUGGUUUUAUAGCAUUCGCAAUUCACUAUGGGUGCAUUCCAGUUAUCUUAUCUGACUACUAUGAUUUACCAUUCAACGACAUUCUUGAUUGGAGGAAAUUUUCUGUAAUACUGAAGGAGAAAGAUGUCUAUUCGCUAAAGAAAAUCCUUCAGGAUAUACCAAAGCAAACAUAUGAAUCUCUGCAGAAUCACACAUUCAUGGUCCAGAAGCACUUUCAGUGGAACUUAUCUCCAGUAAAAUAUGAUGCAUUUCAUAUGGUCAUGUAUGACCUGUGGCUGCGCCACCAUGUUACCAAGUACCGGUACUAG